AUGGCACAAGGUUCUACAACUUCCGGCUAUGAUCCAUGCAAUAAUUAUACCUCUCUUGAUGAGUACUGGAGAGACAUACUGCCAAGCUAUUACAGCCUUUACAACCCUAUACAUGAUGACACACUUGUUGAAUGGAGCGGCUGGUAUCGGCUGUAUCUAAGAGAAAAAAGUGCUCAGAUGUCUGAGUGGUGUGUGAGUACUACACAUUGUGGUGGUGAAACUGGACUGUCUCUUAAUGGUUCUCAUCCACGUAUUGAAGAUGGAGUGGUGACCCGUAAAGUUGUGGGAACUGAUGCAUGGUGGUGGUUGUGGUCGUCGUCUUCAUGUGGCAGCUACGAAUCCACCUCCAUUCGAGUCAAAGCCUGUCCAGGAGAUUAUUAUGUCUAUGAAUUUGUCAAACCCAACGCAUCAAUUCCCAAGCCAAUGUAUUGUGCAGUUGCUUUUCAAAACAUCAGCAGUGAUCCCUGCUACAACUAUGAAUCUCUGGAUCGCCCCUGGAGAGCCAACAAUGAAAGCGGAGGCCGCAUUUGUGAUAGCACUUUCUCCUGGAAUGGCUGGUACCGGUUUUUCUACAAUGGAAUGAACAUCCAGAUGCCAGAGACCUGUGUUAGUUCAGACAGCUGUAACGCAGUUAUCACUCUGUACCUCAAUGGUCCUCACCCGCAGAUAGAGGAUGGAGUGGUGAUCAGAGAGGUCUGUGGAGGGACGUAUGGGACUCGCUGCUGUGAAUACAGAACAAGACCCAUCAGAGUGAAAGCAUGUCCAGGAAAUUACUACGUCUAUGAACUUGUAAAACCAGAUGUGUGGUGUGAGGGAUACUGCACAAAUGUUAGCACCAUUUCACAACCAGUUUCCACUAUAAGUCCAGCUAUAAUCACUGGAUCCAGCAACACUCAGGGUAAGUUGUUAUUCAUAACAUAUAUAAAUUACUAUAUUAAAAAUAACCAAACUUUAAAAAAAAUUGCAAUUAAACUCCUGCAUUGCAAUUUAAAAAUCACACCUUUUGUGUCUUAAAGGAACACUCCACUUUUUUUGAAAAUAAGCUCAUUUUUCAUUUUUUCAGUUAAACAGUUGGGUUUUACUGUUUUCGAAUCCAUUCAGCCGAUCUCCGGGUCUGGCGGUACCACUUUUAGCAUAGCUUAGCAUAGUUCAUUGAAUCUGAUUAGACCGUUAGCAUCUCGCUCAAAAAUGACCAAAGAGUUUCGAUAUUUUUCCUAUUUAAAACUUGACUCUUCUGUAGUUACAUUGUGUACUAAGACUGACGGAAAAUUAAAAGUUGCGAUUUUCUAGGCCGAUAUGGCCAGGAACUAUACUCUCAUUCCGGCGUAAUAAUCAAGGAACUUUGCUGCCG